AUGUUGCAACUUUUAGUGCAUUGUGAUUUUAUUAAUUGCUUGCAACAUUUCAACAGAUUUGAGGAGGACUUGGGUAAAAAGCUGCUCAAUCCUUUGCUUCCCAUGUCGAUAUGGUCUCGACUUCAUCCGGGGGGAAUAAAGACAAUAAACGCAAUGAAUACAAUUAAAACAGUUAUCAAACAGAUUCAGGAGAAAAAACUUCAGCUGCGGGGAGACGAGGAAGAUAAUACUCAUUUUGAAGACACCGACCUGGACCAACCUUUACUCGACUUAAUGAUGAACAUUAAGAGGACUGUAGUAAAUGAAGAAGAUAUAUUUACUGACAUGGUUUUCAUUGCUGCAGCGGCAACUGAUACCACGGGGCAUACAUUAAUGGCAGCGUUUACCUAUCUUGGAAUUUACCAGGAUGUGCAGCAAAAACUGUACGAAGAAGUAACCGAUAUUGGCGGCGAACUAACUUUCAAUGAUUUGUCAAAGCUCGUUUAUACCGAAGCAGUGAUUAAUGAAACUCUGAGGCUUUUUCCGGUGAUUCCAUUCCUGAGCAGAGUAUUGGAAAAAGACAUCGAUUUAGGUGACAAAGUAAUACCAAGAGGAUCUCAUUUCGGGGUUUCAAUUCUGGACCUACACAGAGACGAAAAAUACUGGCCGAACCCUUUGAAAUUUGAUCCCGACAGAUUUUUGACAGAAAAUGUUGCGAACAUUCAGCCUUGCACGUUUAUUCCUUUCUCCACUGGCCCUAGAGACUGCAUUGGUAAAUCGCAAGCAAUGGCAAUGAUGAAAAUCAUCAUCGCUUCAAUAGUACGAACUUUUCGCAUUAAUUCCAAGCAUACGCCCACAGAGGAAUUUCAGUACACAUCAGGAAUAACUAUGAAAACUCGACAUCCACUAGAUUGCACAUUUAAGUUACGAGUUCUGAGUAAACUUGAAGAAAAUUCCACGUGUUUCGGCCAUUUAAGAUUGACCAUGUAUUUUAUCUUGAUCACUUUGCUUAUAUUUUACACGGUUUUCAUUUUUUGGAAAUGGCGCUUUAUCAAAUUUUCUUGGAAAAACAAUGCGUUCUUUGCUCCAAUCUUGCCUGUUAUCGGUACAAUGUAUCUUCCAGUAAUGUAUGGUUGUACUGAUGUGAUUACCGCCACAAGUUAUGUAGGAAGCAAAGUGGGUUUUCCAUAUAACGUAUGGAUGAUAUUUGAUUACUACUAUUUCACGAAAGAUCCCAUGGACAUCAAAACCGUUCUUCACAAUCUAAGUGCUCAAAAUAAGGCAAGCGUAUACGAUGAUAUUGCCUAUCUUUUUCCUAAUUCCCUGCUAAUAGCCCAUUAUAAAGACUGGCGAAUACGCCGAAAAGCAUACAUGAAAUGCUUCAAACCGAGCACUUUGAAGUCAUAUUGCUCAGAUUACUUUCAGAAUGCUUUGGACAAAAUAGACAAUAUGAGGAAAGAAAAAAGUGAUUUUGCAAUGUCCUACGACGCAUUUAAUAGGUUAACAUUCAAAAACUUUUUCACAACUUCAGUUGGACUGAACGAGGAGCCUGGAAGUUUGAACAUAUUCGCAGACAAACUUUUAGAAUUUGAAGACGAUUUGGCUAAAAAGCUGGUAAAUCCCUUGAUUCAUGUAAUGUUAUGGUAUCAUCUUCAUCCUGGUGGAAUCAGAACAGCAAACGCAAUAAAAACAAUUAGAACUAUUAUCAAACAGAUUCUGGAAAAGAAAAUGCAUCAAAGAGCCGACGCUAAAGCUGAUUUUCACAGUGAAGAUAACAAUGCUGAACUGCCUCUGCUCGAUUUAAUGACGAGCCUUAAAGAAUCAAUAAUAAGUGAAAAAGAUUUGUUUAAUGAUAUGGUUUUUAUCGCAGCUGCGGCAACUGAUACCACAGGACAUACGCUAAUGAUGGCGUUUACUUUCUUAGGAAUGUUUCCAGAUGUGCAAGAAACCUUAUUGGAAGAAAUAACUCGCGUUGGCAGUAACAUCACAUUCGACGAUCUAUUAAAGCUUUCAUACACUGAAGCGGUGAUUAAUGAAACUUUGCGGCUUUUUCCAGUGGUCCCGUUUGUUGGUAGGGUUUUGGACAAAGACAUCGACUUAGGGCACAAAGUUAUACCAAGAGGAACUCAUUUUGCCGCCUCAAUUUUCGACCUCCAUAGAGAUAACCGAUAUUGGCCAGACCCUCUCAAAUUUAAUCCCAACAGAUUCCUGCCAGAAAACAUCAGUAAAGUCCAACCUGGCACCUUCAUCCCAUUCUCCACAGGACCCAGGGAUUGCAUUGGGAAAGCGCAAGCAAUGGCUAUGAUGAAAAUCACCAUAGCUUUAAUAAUACGGAACUUUAAAAUCCAUUCCAAGCAUAAGUCGAUAGAGGAAUUUCAGUAUAUAUCAGGAAUAACUAUGAAGACGCGACAACAGCCAGAUUGUCACUUCUCGCUUAGGCAAUAGAGACAAGGCGCAGUUUGUGCAAGAAUUUAAUAAUAAACCUAUUAGUUCUUUAAAAGUU